AUGGAUCCAGUGGGAGUGAAUUCAAUAGAGACUGCAUCUCUAGGGAGACCCUUCCAGCUGGGGAUGCUGUAUGACUGCAGGAGAGAUGCUAUAGUACCAGGAAUCAGACUUUGGACUAAAGAGCAGCUGCAGCAGAACACAACCACGAAAACCCAAAUUAAUACAGUUUUCACAGUCACUGCUUCAGACUCAAUCGAGGACAAAUCUAGAUUGCUGAAUAUUGAUGGUUGUCUGAAACUGAGUCUUUUAGGUGGACUCGUCAAUGUGGGUGGAGCUGCCAAUUUUCUCAAAGACACCAAGAAAUCAUUCAGUCAACAGAGACUGACAUUACAUUAUCAUUCAACCACUAAGUUUGAAGAACUGAUCAUGAACCACUUUUCUUCUGGAGAAAUGGCUCAUUAUGACAAUGAUGUAGCCACACAUGUAGUGACAGCAGUGCUGUAUGGAGCAGAUGUCUGCUUUGUUUUUGACAGAGAAGUUUCAUCAGAUGAGGACAAAAUGGAGAUAGCCGGAGAAGUAAAAGCUGCAUUAGAGCAGCUAAAAGGCAUUUCAUCUGCAAGCAUUGAUGCAAGUAUGAAACUGAAUGACAUUCAGAAGACUGCUGUCCAUAAAUUCAGCUGUAAAUUGUAUGGUGACUUCCAGCUACCAUGUAAUCCGACCUCUUUUGAAGAUGCUAUGAAAGUUUUUGAAGAUCUUCCCAAACUGCUUGGAGAAAACAAAGAACAUGCGGUUCCUCUGAGAGUUUGGCUUUAUCCUUUGGACAAACUUUUCUCAAGAGUUGUAAAGUUUCAGCAUGAAAUCAGCACAGGUCUAAGCACAGACAUUGAAUCUGUAAUUGAGAGUUUAAGUACAACUGAGAUGAAAUGCAGUGAUCUUCUGACAGACAUGCCUGCUUUGACAUUUACUGCAUUUCAUGACAAAAUCAAUGACAUGAAAAAAAACUGCUACCAGUGCAGGUUGAGUCUCAUAAAGAAACUUGGCUCUCUUUUACCAAAGAUCAGAGGAAAAUUUAUAGAGGAUACAGCAUUGAUCGAUCUGCUAAAUGAUCAUGAGGAAUCUCCAUUUGAAAGAAACACUCUUGAACAAUGGCUGAAAGAGAAAGAGGAAGAAUCUGACAUCAUGAAAACAUUGCUCACACAACUAAAUGAUCAAGGAGUAAUGGUAGAAAUCAACCUCAAUAAAAAUUUAAUGAAUUUGGAAGUUAAACAUUUGGUCAGCUACACGUUCACAUCACUGGGCUGGCCAGAUGUGCUGCUUUCUAAACAAAAGACCUACCUGAGCUCAACAAAAAGAACAAAUGAAGAGAAAAGCUUUGAAUCUGGACACAAGACUUGGCUCACACCUGACAUCCAAAAGACUAUGAGGAACAACUUGAAGGUAUUUAAAAACUUGAUUGGUUUAAACAGUAGCAAAUCAGUGAAGUUUAUUGUUGCAUCAAAAGAAAUGGAAAAUAAUCCAGGUUCCUGCAUACUGCUGUAUGAAAAUGAAUCUAAUGAAGCUGUUUGCUUCACUCCUCCAUCAAAACCAGACUGUCCAAUCAUUGAAGAUGUCAGAUGUAGGCAAGUGGUUUUGAAAGUGUCUCCACCGUGUCCUGCUACAGAGGAGCUCAAAUUACUGUACAAAAUGAAGGAGGAGAAAGACUGGACAUCUCAAACUGUGUCAAAGAACCAGAAUACAGUGACUCUGACUGAUCUCAGACCAGAUACUGAGUACAGUAUUAAAUGUGCAGCAGUGGGAAAACUCAACUACACCCUAGACAGUGAUGUGACACGGCUCACAGUCAUAAACCAGAGUCUUAUCAAAGCCAAAGAGUCUGCAAUUGAAAAUCUCAGUUUGACUGAAAGCAAGUGCAGUGUACUUUUGGAAAACACCAGUGAAUCAACUUUUACUGCACUUUAUAAGAAAAUACAAGAUAUGCAGCAAAACUGUCAAAUGUACAGACAAGAAUUCAGUGACCGAAUUAAAUCUGUGAUCCAGUCAGUUAAAGCUUGUGAGAAAGAGUCUAGUGCUCUGAUGGAUCUUCUACAAGCUCAUGAUGAGUCUCCAUUUAAUGAAAAGUGUCUAAAAGAGUGGAUCACAGUGAAAGAAAAAGAAUUGAACACCAUUAAUGAGUUCCUUCAGCAGUUAAUGGGCCUUGGAGCCGAAGUGAACAGAAGCUUGGACUCAUAUUUGUCAGAUAUUCAGGUGGAAAAUGUGUUUUGUUACACUUUCAGUUCUCUUGAGCAGCCAGAUGAGUUACUUAGUGAGCAAGAAAAUGACAUGAAUCCUCAAAUAAAGAGAAACCCAAAGAAGACACAUGAUGCAUCUCAGUCAUGGCUCACUGGAAGCGUCAGGGAGAAAAUGAGAGAACAUUUGAAAAUAUUUAAAGAGCUGAUGACGUCACAUAGCAAUCAAAGCAUUAAAUUUAUGAUUUCCAUAAAAUACCAUGAAAAACAUCCAGGUUCCUGUAUUCUUGUGUAUGAAAAUGGAUGUAAUGAAGCCGUUUUCUUCACUCCUCCAUCAAAACCAGACUGUCCAAUCAUUGAAGAUGUCAGAAGUAGGCAAGUCGAUCUGAAAGUGUCUUCACCGUGUCCUGCUACAGAGGAGCUCAAAUUACUGUACAAAAUGAAGGAGGAGAAAGACUGGAGAUCUCAAACUGUGUCAAAGAACCAGAAUACAGUCACUCUGACUGAUCUCAGACCAAAUACUGAGUACCAAAUGAAAUGUGCAGCAGUGGGAAAACUCAACUACACCACUGAAUCUGAUGUCACCUCAGUUAUCGCAAAGGUAUGA